AUGGCAGCACCGCUGCCGCCGCCGCCGCCGCUGCUGCUGCCGGUGCUCUGUGUGCUGGGGCCUCCCGUCAUCAUGCCGCCGCCUCCACCGUACAACUCUUCUCUCCCUGCCGUACUCGCUGCUGCUACUGCCGUCGCCGCCACUGACAGGGGAAUACGCCGGGGAUACGUGCCUGCCAUUGAUCCGCCGGGCUCAGGCCUUUUGUACGGCACCAGAUCUACGUCCCAGCCCACAUCCAAACCCAGGCACAUCAGCGUCGUGAGGAGAAGCAGCGGCGGUGCCGCUGGGGAAGAUAUCCACGGCGCCGCCGCCGUCGCAUCCGCUGGCGACAUCCAGUCCUCGAGCCGCCGGCUUGCAGCCCUGCCGCCGAGAGGACUGCGCGGGCCGCCGCCGCCGCCGCCGCCGCCGCCGCCGCCGCCGCCGCCGCCCUCAAUGGCGGCAGCGGUCGGCUGA